UCCGCCGUCGGUGACUCCUCGCAGAGGAGGCAGCAGAGUCGGGAUCUCUUCAGCCUCCGUGCUGACGGCCAGAACAACCAACGAUUGGCUUUAAAAUGAGCCGUUCUCUGUGUUUAUGAAGUCUCCCCUUCGAAAGAGCCUCAUUUAGAUGCAUUGCCAGAACAUCCCCCCUCAACAGAAUAUGACAUCAUGCCAAGGGACCCCGCUAGAGACCUCGUGAUAGAUGGCGUGUUGGCAAGAGUCCCUGCAUCUCCAAAUUAACUGGCGGAGCAGUCUGUGCAGCAUGAAAAGCUUUUACCUGCUGCAUUAGAAGGAGCAGAACGGGGCAGCUGUAAUUAAGAUCAGAUGAAUGGUAUCAAUCUGCACAACUCAAUGCCCCCAACAGAUCACCAUGGCUGCUGCUGAGAACACCAGUGUUUUCCCCGGGGCAGCCCGCUGUACCAACUGCAGCUCCUUCGCCCACCCGAGGGUGGAUGUGGCCAAGGCGGUGGUUUUAGGGCUGGUGCUCGUGCUGUUUGUCGUGUUCGGGGUCCUUGGCAACAUCCUGGUCAUCCUGUCGGUGAUGCUCCACCGGCACUGGCGCUCCGUGACGCAUUACUUCAUCGCCAACCUGGCUGCGGCGGACUUGCUGCUCAGUUCCGCCGUCCUGCCCUUCUCCGCCACCUCGGAGGCCCUGGGCCGAUGGGUGUUCGGCCGCACCUUCUGCAGCGUCUGGGCCGCUCUGGACGUCCUGUGCUGCACCGCCUCCAUCCUCAGCCUGUGUGUGAUCUCCAUAGACCGCUACCUGGCUGUCAGCUACCCUCUGCGCUACCCUGCCAUGGCCACAGGGCGACGGGGCCUGGCGGCGGUGGCGGCUCUCUGGGGGCUCUCUGCAGCCAUAUCUGUCGGCCCCCUGUUUGGCUGGAGGGAGCCCGAGCCAGAAGACGAGUUGGUGUGCCGCAUCACGGAGGAGCCCGGCUACGCUUUGUUCUCGGCACUGGGGUCCUUCUACAUACCUCUGGCCAUCAUCCUGGCCAUGUACUGCCGGGUGUACACUGUGGCGAAGAGAGAGACGACGACGCUCCGGAAGAGCAGCGAGGGGGGGGGCGUGGAGACGGAAGGGGUGAUGCUGAGGAUACACAGGGGGAACGCUGCUCAGACGGGGAAGCCCGAGGGGGGCGACGAGGGGGCUGCACCACAUAAACGCAGCACCUUUUCGCUGCCAAGGCUGCUGAGGUUCUCAAGAGAGGAGAAGGCCGCCAAGACUCUUGGAAUUGUUGUCGGGUGCUUUAUUCUGUGCUGGCUCCCUUUUUUCCUGGUUUUACCCAUCGGAUCAAUCUUCCCGUCCUGCAAGCCUUCUGAAACCAUCUUCAAGAUCACCUUCUGGCUGGGAUACCUCAACAGUUGUAUCAACCCUAUCAUCUACCCAUGCUUCAGCCGGGAGUUCAAGAAAGCCUUCCACCACGUGCUCCGCGGACGCUGCCUGAGAACUGGGCUGCCAUCUGCCAAACCACAGGGACACAUCGCCACCCACUCCUCCAAUUUGGGUCCUACGCCCAAUACGCGCGACGUCCCGGCCCAAAGCCACGUCACUCCAUCCUGGUGGGGUUGCUGUGGGCCGCUGUCGACCUCCUCGUCAUCGGCCUGUUGUCCGGAUCGGGCUCAAGUCCCGAGAAGGAGUCUGCUGAAGGCGUGGUGUCUCUCGGCAAGUGGAACGCCGGUACCGCAGAACCCUUCCGGACACGAGUCGGCCAAGGUCUUACGCCUUUCUCUCGGCGUGACAGGAGAGGCUGUUUGAUCCGCGUGAUGAUGCUACGGUGGAAUAUUUUAGCCUCCCGCCUUGUGUUUCAUGGAACCUCUUUUGCAUGCAUAUUGAAAUCCCCCGGAGGCGUCGCGAUGCAUUCCGACUCGGUGACAUUUGCUUCCAGAGCAGGGAGACGAUAACUCUGUUGCCUACAGGCUUUAUGGCGGUGUAAAUGCCUGGAGUGUCAAAAGGUAUGGCUUGGGGAAGUGAAUGAGUAAUAUUUCGCCUUCGCUAAAUAACCUGCUCUCGACAAAGAGGCCGGAGCAGUACGUGUCAAAGACUUUUAAAUAGGAGCUACUUAGUGAUCAACAGGAGGAAGGUUGUGAGGUGUGAGCCCACCGUCUUUGGACCAAAAGUGCAUUGAAUGCAAGAAUGGACACACAGCUGGCAGGGAUCUCUGUCUGCACUUGAAAGCAAAUACAAUUGAUAACAUAAUCUCAUUGAAAUGGCAUCUUAACAGAACUCCAGAGACCUGAUAUCUUUAAACAUGAGUGGUAUUCCUGCAGAUUGUACAAAAGCCCUAAAGGGGCGAGACAUUCUUAAAUUGUAUGCUAAUCUUGCAAACACUGACAGCUCUGAGAUGGUAUUUUCUGUUUUACACGUGUGAACUCUCAUAACUAAAAUAAAUGUGUAAAAAAAACAGUUGGGAAUUAUUGGAGGGGAGAGACAUUCAGUGGUUAUUUGGAUGUGAGAUAAAUACCAGGGCAACCUCGUGGUACAGUGCAGUCCAACUUUUGUUGAGGCUGCAUCAAAGAUGCGUUAAAUCCACUUUUAAUGUUUGACAUGGCAGCUUGUGGUGCUGCUGAAUAAAUGAACAGGUGUUGGAUGGU